AUGUACGAGCGACAAAGAGUAUGGCGUGCCUGUCAAGCAUGCCGUCGGAAGAAAGUCAAGUGCGAUGGAGAACAUCCUUGCCAAAGCUGUACCCGGAACCAAUCCGAGUGCGUCUUUGAGCAAUAUAAUAACAUGAGGCUAGUAGAUCCACAACAAAGAUAUACUAUUGUCGACUCGAGGCCUUUGAAACCAUCAGGGCACCCUAUCAAUAUUGUCAUUACCUUGGCGAAGCUGACUGUUCAUAGAUAUGUUAAGAAGCUUGAAAAUCGGCUCUCUCAGAUGGAGACAGAAUUGAAACAGCGUCAAUCGGAUCAAGAGAGCAGAAAUCCCAUUCUGUUAUCCGAACAGCAGUCUCGAAAUAUUCCCGUUGCGAGUUUCGAUUAUCAGAAUUCUUGUCUGCCGAUUCCCGAUGGUGCUUUAUCCGACCCGACGGAUGACUUCUUAGCACCAUCUGCCGAUACAAUCACCCCAGUACCAGCACCGCAACUAUCGAGUAUACCUCAAGAAGCUGAGAACUGUAAUUCAAGCACCCCAAUCGAACCAUCUUUUAACAAUGGUAGCCACCAGCAUGAAAAUGAAGUCGCAAUGCUUCCAGAACCCAAUACAGUUGAUGUGACUCAAUUGCAAGACCCUAUUAUGGAAUUAUUCAUCGACAUCUUCUAUCACUCUAUCUACCCAAUUUUCCCUAUAAUUCCUUACCGAAAUCUACGUGCUCAGUACGACCACUGGCGGUCUUCCCGUGGCAAAAACGAUUAUCGGGAAGGUGAUACCGAUUUUCCCGCUUUACUGUACGCAUUGCUCGCCGUGGCUGCAUCGUUGACCCCUAAACACCACGCUGUUUUCGACCAACCGGGCUUGGGUAUUUACAAAGAAAUGGAUUUGGGAGAGCUGCUUCACUCUCACGCUACAUUUCUUGCUACCAGGAGUCCAUAUCGAAGGAAUACGAGAUUUCCCAUGAAUAUUGUCAUUGCCCAAGGCCUCCUCAGUCUCUAUCUUACCGAAGCUGGGAGAGUGAAUGAUGCAUGGGUCACUGCAGGUCACGCAAUAAGAUUAUAUCAAGGACUGGAUUUUGAAGAUGUUGGAAAUGAGUCUGUCUCAGACAAAUUGCAGGAACACAAGAAGCUCUGGUGGUGUUUAUACAUUCUGGAUCGUUCCUUAUCUACAGCUCUUUUGAAACCUCUGGCCAUCGAUGAUGCAGACAGUGAUAUCGAAUCUUACGCUGAUGAGCAAGAGCCACCUCGAAGCUACGCAAAAUCCGACCCUUGGUUCUCAGUGGUCGCAGACUUCCAUGUAACAAUGGGCCGUAUAUACCGGUCUGUACGGUGUAUUCGCAAAUCUCAUCCCUCUAAAAAUGCCAAAUUGAGAGAUACUCUUCGGUCGGAGGUGAAGAGGCAUGAUGCUGAGCUGGAAAGAUAUUACAGAAAGCAGGUUUUGCCCAAGAUGGAACAGCCGGCUCAUCAGAUCGAGCCUCUUGCGCUACAAACAAUUGCAAUCUCAUCAUACUAUAUUGGAGUCGUUCUUCUUUACCGGACAUUUAUCGAGCGGUUGAAUAUCACGGAACCCACGGCUUUCCUGCGUUGUGCCGAAGCGGCUUCCAACUGCAUCAAAGUCACACCCCAGGUCAUCGCGACUGUCCCUGCUAGCCAUUUUGUUAUUCAACAGAGUCGAGCAAUAUAUGCAAGUGUGAAGGUGAUUUUGCAUUGUAUGCGUCUGGCUCGCAAUCCAAGCUUUACCAAUAAAGCCUGGUCAGAUGUUGAAAGUGGUUUUAAUAUGCUACGAAAUCUCAAAAUACAGUGGCCGGAGAUCAAGAAAUAUCAGGCUCUCACUGAGGAGGACAUGAUAUCUACGCAGAGUGACCUUGCCAAGUAUGACCUUUUUUACCAUACUUUCAGUCAAUACGGACAAGCGGAACAAGGACGGGGAGACAUAUCGCCUUUCCCUAUUGCAAGUCCCGUUCGCAAUGAAAGGCAACCUGGAGGCUCUGAUUCAGAUGUCACCCUUCAUCGUCAACCGAUAAGACAGCCUUUUGGGACAACAGACUCGACCUUGUCUCGGAGCAGCGAGUCUUCUGAUCGACAAUCGAAGCGUCGCAAAGUGACCCCCGAUUCCUUUUUCCCCUGUGAUCCUACGGCUAUAUUGCAUCUGCUGCCGAACUCUGAAGAGCCUCAAGACUAUGAGCCACCCAGCAUGGGUAUGAACGAUGACCUCUCUGAUCCACAGUCACUUUUCAUGGGUCUUACUGCAGACCCCUUUGAUGAGUCAAUGCUGCUUAGCUCCAUCGAGCAAUUUUUGUCUUACCCAAGCGAAUGA